AUCUACUCCGUACAAUCGGUGUCUCCACCAGCGGAAUCGCAAUCGGGCUAGUCUCUCCGGGCGGAAUUCCACCCGACAACUUUUUCUCCGCAUCUCACCACCACUACCACAACAUACCAGCCAGACAACCAGACAGACAGCCAAACCAAUCCAAUGGCGAUACCACUCCUCUCCCGCCGGCUCCCCUCUCUCCUCCACUCCGCCCCUUUACCAGCCCGCCCAUCAUGGCUAUCUUUCAACCUCCACCUCAACCAAUAUAACCCAAUUCAGCUCUCACAAACCCGCCCCCUAACCACAACCACCCCCCUCCAAACCUCCCCCUUCCGCCUCACCUCCAACAACACCCCUAACGACACCGAAUACCACAACCCAAACGAAUACUACAGCCCUUACAAACCCAAACGCCAAUGGCCACCCGACAUGUCGAAACUCUCCCCGAAACAUCAAUUCCGCCUCGAACGGAAAUAUCGUCGUCGGGCGGCGUUGAAAUACGCCCGCCCGAAGUGGACCAAGGCGACGAAGUUGGUGCAGUGGGGGGCUAUUGGGUUUGUUUUGGUAUAUGCCAUGCUGUUUAUGGAGUGGGAUGAGCGGGGAAGUCCGUUUGAUGAGAUUCGGCGGACUUUCUUUGCCGGUGUCAAAGGGGCCUUUUCGACGCCGCCGCCGCCCGGUCCGGUCCGGAGAGCAGCAGACGAGUCAUCUCGGGAAUAGACGAGUCUAUCGACAUCUCUUGAGCAAGCAGUGGAUGUUAUUACCCUACGGAAAUAGACCAGCAAUCUGUACAACACCUAUGAUUGAAUAUAAUGACAGCGAAGCAAUGCUCCGUAACUAACUAAGCAUCUGCCACGCGGGCUGCUAUAACGCGUCUGUCCAAAAAGAAUGAUCGGCCUGACAUGCAAUCAAAGAACGUC